AUGCCGCAUCCGUUCGGAUCGCCGAUGGGAAUGUCGCUCCAAGAUCUCACGCCAUUCACUUUAAGUUGUUGGUCUCUCCUCUUCGUCCACUGCCUUCUCUCGCUGCUCUUACUCUCAUGCCAGGGAGAACUUCAGAGGUCAUGCUCGCAGGCCGAGGCCGAGAAAGUUAGCCAACAGUGCCAGCUGGCGUGCCACUGUCGACGGUACCCUCCCCUGCCCCCGCCGCCGCCUCCGCCGCCUCCCCCGCGGCUACUGGGCGCCACAGUGGCAGAACCCAUGGUGCCCUUGGUGAGACCAUGGUGGACGGACAUGGACUUUAUAGUGAUGGGAACAGUGGGUUGUGCCUCGGUGCUUUUCCUCCUCUCAGCCAUCAUCAUUUGCUACAAGGCCAUCAAGAGGAAACCACUGCGUAAAGAAGAGAACGGGACAAGUCGCGGAGAAUAUGCCAUGAGCAUCCGCACCAAGAAGGCCAUGGGUACAAACAACACUGUGGUAUAGACAUGACUCCAGCUCGGAGCAGGAAGUGACAGCGUUCACCAUCUUUCAGCCCCCCCGACCCCCACUCCCUCAGUGACACCUUCUCAUCCCGAAUGCAAAAGGGUUUUACCAGACUGGUGAGCCCCCCCUCUUCGGCUCGGACCAAAGCCACUGGUGAGGUGAAGAAAAGGUGGAAGUAAACGCCAUGAAGGCAAGCGAGGAUGAAAGCCCCCUCACUCCCUCCCUCAUCCCCCCCUGGUGUGUGCUGUUGAAAAGCGUUCCAGCAGGCAAAGCACUUGCUCUCAGUAAGAGCAAGUGUUGCUGACAGGCUGCUGACUGUCGGCCAGUCCGCCACACAUCCAGACCUCACGCACUCUUCACGCGUGCAAUACAAACACAGACAAUACAGCAGCCCCGCGGCGCCAUUUUGGGCCAAAGCCCAUCACCCACGAUAAAUAACAUGCAUGCACUUUUUACAGAGAAUGCAACUUUUUUUUUUUUUUAUAUAAUAUAUCCUCCAUUUUUGGUUCUGCAUUUAGGAGACAAGAUGCU